AGUUUGCAGGGUUGCUGAGAGCAAACCAAAAAUAAUGCAUGGAGCUUUGGAGGAUUUUUUGACAAAACGGGGAUACUCAAAAUACGCAUUGCAAUCUGAAAUUGUCACGGAAGAUAUGCUAGAUGGAAUGAGCUUCGAGGCCAAUAGUUAUUCUAUUUCAAAAGACAAAAACGGAAAUGAUCAAGUGCAAAUCAAUCAAGCAGAUGGCAAACCAUUUGAAACACAAACGACAGUUGUCCAGAGUUGCAACUAAAUAUCUUUUAAUGCCGGGAACACAUUUAUAAUCGGUCAACAGAUGCGGUUUCAGAUAAGAACAACCCUGCAUAAUUACGCGUUUGUUUAAAUUCUGAACUGUUUUGUAAGAAACACAUAACAUUUAAUUUAUAUACUUCAGAAUGAAAUUCAUUUCAACAUUGUUUCCGUUGUUUUUUUUUAAUAUUCAAGUCAGACUCCUUGAGAAAAUAUGAAUGAAAAUAUGACAAA